CAACCUCAUUCAUGGGCUAUUCCCUAGGUCCUCCAGCAGGGGGCAGUCCUCACAAUGAGCCUGUUCUGACCGGCCUUUCUGCAGGGGAGGAUGGUGCGCUUCUUUUCUUGUACAUAGCUGGCAGUGUGAGGAGCCAAUGGGCGGAGCAGACCCCUGAAGAAGAUGCGGAUGCUGAACUAAAGAUGCGGUAGGUCAGGUGCUGCUAUAUUUCGUAUUUUUUACGUGAAACAAGAUGCUGCGGCGCUUCCUCUAAUGCGGUGGAAUGAAAAGCCUACAUGUGAUGAAGAGACGGUCUUUGUCCGUUUAACCUCUCAACAGAAACAAACGACAGAGGCUUUAUUUCCGGUAAACAAGCAGGGCUACCCUUCCUGUCUCUGUAGUUUGAGUGUGCUGAGAUCUGGCCUCUUUAACCACAUUUCUUUAAACGUAUGUGUUUACGUUCAUGUCUAAUGAUCGUUGGUACGAGAGAAAAACAACAGCAGCUGUGACUGUUUACAUCCUUUGAGCUGCUUAGGUGUGAGGGAUGACAUCCACAGGGAAGUGAUGCAGCGUGAUGAGAUGUGUCAGCUGUGACUUACAUUCGAGGCCUUUGGGAGGAGGCUGUUUACUGGAUCUCACUGACAGGAGCUUUACAACUCAUCUCUGUAAACAAACAAGCAGCAGCAUUGUAUCGUAUUGUGUUGAAGAGGUUAUUGGAUCCACCAUCAUACAGAGACACUGAUCUCCCUUGUUUCAGCCGGUAGAUGCUCCUCUCCCUGACGCUACUCCUGUGGAGGCUCCAGCGAUAUUUCUGCAUCAUGUUCAGCUCGGAAAGACUCACGGUGCCGGAUUAUGUCAACCGGCUGCAGAGAGGGAGGACAGGCUCCGGCUCCGACCACCAAAGACCGGUGUCCCCGGGCAUCAGCGCCGACAUGCAGGAGGCGCUGAGCGUCUCGCUCCCCGCCCUGCGAGCCGCAGUUGGGAGGCUGAAGUCGGCCAAAGACUCCUGCGAUACGGAGGAGACCCGUCGGGGCAUCGCGGAGAUCUUCCAAUUGGUGGAGGAGGCCUGGGUCCUGCCCACCGUGGGCCGUCAGGUGGCCGAGGAGAUCUGCAACAGGGUCCGGCUGGAGGGAGGCCUGGAGCUGCUGCUUCAACUCCACCAGACACCUUCUGUGGAGAUCAUCUAUGAGUCUGCAAAACUGCUGGAGCAGAUACUGAUCUCAGACAACAGAGAUUACGUUGCUCGUAUCGGACUGGGGGUCAUCCUAAACCUGACUCGACAGCAUGAGGAUGCCCAGCUUGCUCGCAGCGUCUCUGGGAUCCUGGAGCAUAUGUUCAAACACACCGAGGAGACGUCGGUCCACCUCAUCUCCAAUGGCGCCCUGGAUGCCCUUCUCUUCUGGUGCCGGGGCACGGAUCCCACCGUGCUGAGACACUGUGCUGUGGCCCUGGCUAACUGUGCCAUGUACGGGGGCCACCGCUGCCAGCGACUGAUGAUUGAAAAACAGGCGGCUGAAUGGCUUUUCCCUCUGGCUUUCUCCAAAGAGGAUGAACUUAUUCGGUUCCAUGCAUGCCUGGCUGUGACUGUGUUGGCCGCAAACAAAGAAAUUGAGAAGGAGGUGGUGAAAUCUGGGACUUUGGAUCUGGUGGAGCCGUUCAUUGCUUCCUUGGAUCCGGAUGACUUUGCCCGCAAUUUAUUGGACAGAGCAGACUGCAUGCAGGGGAGGACAGCAUCUGAUCUGCAGCACUUUCUGCCUUUACUGGAUGGCACAAGAGUGGAGGGAAAGUGUAUUGCAGCCUUUUACUUUUGUGUUGAGACCAGCAUCAAGUCUCGUCAGCGCAACACUAAGAUAUUUCAAGAGAUCGGAGCAGUGCAGGGCCUAAAAAGAAUCGCCAUGUACUCCAGUAAUGGUACAGCCUGUUCCCUCGCCAAACGGGCACUGAGAAUGAUGAACGAGGAAGUUCCAAGUCGCAUCCUGCCGUGUGUUCCAAACUGGAAAAACUGUGAGGUGCAGAAGUGGCUACAGCAGGUUGGGUUCAGUACCUACUGUGACCGUUUCAAGGAGAUGCAAGUGGACGGAGACCUCCUGUUGAACAUCACAGACCAGGAUCUGAGCAGUGACCUGGGAAUGACCGCAGGCCUCACUCGAAAAAGAUUUCUGAGGGAUCUGCGUGUGUUGAAAACCUAUGCCAACUACUCCACAUGUGACCCAAACAACAUGGCUGACUGGUUAGUUGAGGUGGACCCUCGCUUCCGUCAGUACACCUACGGUCUGGUCCAGUCAGGCGUGGAUCGCAAUAACUUCCAGAAACUGACCGAUCAGCAGCUACAGUAUGACUGCCACAUCAACAACGGAGUACACAGAGCUAAGGUACUGUCUGCCAUUCGCCAGCCUUCACAGCCCUGCCUCACAGACGCCCAGCCUGCAGGACCCGAUGUGUUCAUAAGCUACCGUCGGACCACUGGCUCCCAGUUGGCCAGCCUUCUGAAGGUUCACCUGCAGGUUCGAGGAUACAGCGUCUUCAUAGAUGUGGAGAAACUGGAGGCCGGGAAAUUUGACGACAAACUGAUCCAGAGCGUCCAGCGAGCUAGCAACUUCAUCCUGGUCCUGUCGGCCAACGCACUCGACAAGUGCAUGGGUGAUACUGACAUGAAGGAUUGGGUACAUAAGGAGAUAGUCACGGCCCUGGCUGGAAAGAAGACCAUAAUCCCUGUCAUAGAUAAUUUUGCAUGGCCAGAUGCCAUGUCUCUGCCAGAGGACAUGAGAUCGGUUCUCAAAUUCAAUGGUGUCAAAUGGUCCCACGAGUAUCAGGAGGCCUCCGUUGAGAAGAUCCUUCGCUUUCUGAAAAAAUGCACGGACCAAAUCGAGGGCCCAGAUGUCCCCAAAGAGCAGGAACAAUAAAUAAACUGACAUAAACGCAGCUAUAAUAAAUUUCAAUGAUGCCAAAUCCCACAUGGCCGAUGGUGAACUGGUCGGCAGCUUCCCCUUGCUCUGCCCAAAUGCAUGUGAAGCGAUUUUUGAUGUGCUAAUAUAAUUCGACUAAAUAUAUUGCAAACAAUACACGGAAUUGAAAAAGGUAGUUCACAUUGUAUAUAAAAAACUCAAAGCCUUUAAUGUUAGUAUCAUACUGCCGUAUAUGUAUAUUCAGGUACGCCUUCUGUUUCUCAGGAAAACAACUGUGAUAUCAGCUGUCACUGACACCCAGCAACAUCAUUAUUAGCAAUUUCUGAGGCUUCCACUGACACUGACUUCCUUAUAAAAGUAUAGAGAUUCAUCUUCUGAUCAAGUCUCAUACAACAUUCAUAUGACGUGUGUGUUUUGUUCUUAAGUUUGGGUUGUGGCAGAACGAAAACCUGUCCUUGCAUUGAAGUGAUUUCAUGAUCAGUCUCUACGAUCGAUUAAAUGUCCGAUGGAAGCAUUUUUGUACAACAUAUGAGUAACCCGCUAUAAGUGCACGCCUAAUUUAACCAAACAGAUGGAAUGAGUGUACAAGCAAUGAAAUACAUGUGUAUAGUAUUAAAUGCUUCCUUUCCUCUGUAAAAGUAGAUAAGAUCACAAGCAAUCAUGCAAUGGUAACUCCUGGAAAAUGAUGACUUAAUUUGUUUUACAGUGUUUCCUUCACUUGUUGCAACACAGUAACACAAUACCUAACACUGUAAUUAAUUCAGUUGACUUAAAGUUUUAUCUGCCAGUGUUAAGUCUGUUGAGUAAUUACCUAUCUGCUUUUGCAGUUGAUAUUUCAUCCUUGCAAGUAUGUAAGUGUAUUCAAUAGAAGAAAUCCAGAAAUAAGACACAAACACCAAGGUUUGUGAAAAUAUAAAAGAGAAGCUGUGGAUAACUGCUGUAGCUGUACACCUGUGACGAUCGAACAUCAAAAAAGCAUCCUUCUUUAUUGAUGCUGAAAUAAAGACAUGAGGAAAUAUUUGCAAAUUAACCAAAGCAGUUAAGAUGUGUUCAUGGUCACAUGUUUGAUAAUUGAUUUGAUUUCUUUAGCUUAUGUUCUGAAGGGAUUUCAUCCGGUUAUGCCUUAGUAUUAUUUGCCUUCAAUGUCCUCAUAGCAUCUGUUAAAAAUGGUCAUUUACAUUUUUUCAACUAGUUGUACAGGACUUUAUUUUAUUUUUUAAUUCUCAAGCGUUCUUAUGGAUUUCAGUGUAAGACAAACAUGAUUUGGUCUCUUUAUUUGAAACAUGAAAACCAAUAAAAUGUGUUAAAAACUGAAAAAAUCUUUCAUUUGAAGUUCCCUUACAUACAUGUGAAAUGUGAACAGCUGUCAUAAUCUUAAUCACAAAAUAAACAAAACACUUCUAUUCCAAUAAAAACAAUUAAUACUGCACACAGUGAUUAUGAUGAAGUAAAAACAGCCUCAUUGGUCAGUUUUGUCGCUCAGUUUGUCUGAAGAAUGGCUUUGAUCACAUGAUCCGAACAAACUGCUGCCCCGUGUCAAAAACAAUCUUCAUGCAGAUCAAUUCACAGUCGUCCAGUUAAUGCUUCACUUAACAUUAUGACUUCCCUUUGUGCAUUUUAAAGCUGUUGGACAGCUCUUGUUCCCUCAAUCUGGAACCAGGUUGUGACCCCUGUGUGCAUGUCGUGCUAUGGGCCUGAGCUCUGGGACUAUCCAGUGUUGUUCAGGGAGUUUGGACUGUGCACUCUGCUUUAUGGGAAAAGGAGGGAGGGAGGGAGGAGGGUCAAGGUGUAACUCAGUAAUCCCAGGCUGCUGCUGCAGUUUUAAUCGUAGUUGCGUUUGGAUAUGUUUGUACAAAUUCUCUGUUGUGAAUAAAAUCCUGCAAUCAAAAGUACCAAAGUAAUAUAAUCAUACAUCAAGUACCAAGACUACUGAAUGUUAUAUUAUCUGAAUAUAAUAACUGAUGCAGGUGGAGCUCAAUUUAACCACUUUAUAUACUGCUGACUAGUCCCCAGUUUCGGAGAAUGCAGAUGAUAUGUGUCCAAAAACCCUUCUGAUUUUAAAUAAGUGAAGAAUCAGCAAAGAAUUAUCUGUAAGACACUGUACAUUCCAGAUGCAGAUGAAAAAUCUGCAUGGAAAUUCCAUUGUCAACAUAAAAGUUAAUUGACAGUUUAUUGGUGUGAAAAAAAGGUAUACAGGAAACAAUUAGAUUCAUAAACUUUGUGGUAGAUAACCUCUGUGAAGAGCUUUCCCAGAAGGAACAAAAAGUGUGUGACCAAUCUCAUAUCCUGAUUUCAUAUCCAUAUAACGAUACAUAUCACUCCUAGUUAACUGCCAAUCGUAUCUUU